AGGGAGUUCCUAGGAAGAGUCCACCUGCCCUGCUGCUGCACACUUCCUGGGUUAUUAGUCACUUCUGCAUUUCUCACUCUGGUCUUGCAGGUUUUAAGAAAUGGUUUCUUAUAGCAGAAGAGCCGGAUUAACUACAAGAUCACUCCACUGCUGGGGCUCAUUUUUUUCUCUCCCUCUCUGAUAUCAAUGUUAAGCCAGUUGCCAAUAUGGUGUGUGAACAGAUACAAUUUGCAGGAAUACAUUUUUUAGCCAGAUGGAGGCAUUCGUACAAUUCCCAGUGGUAGAACCGUAUCCCCAGUAUAUAUAGAGAAGCGGUGAGUCUUACAAGGUGUACUGUUGUAGAGACGGCACAGGUAAUAGAAGCUGCUGUCUGAUGUGGAAGCAAGAACAUUAUGGAGAGUAAAGACGAGUCCCAGCUAAAAAAAGAGGGAAAUAAACGGUCCCCAUUUGAUUUGAUUUUUAGUCAGAUCCAAAAGAAAAAAGUUACCAAAGAAAGCAAUGAAAAUAAUUUCCAAGUGAAGCAAUUCUUUAGAGGAUUUCAGAGAAAUUCCAGCAAGGCAGAGAAGAAGAAGAAGGAAGGAGAGGAGCCCACAAAUCAAUGUACAUCUGGUGAUCACAACAAAGAGAAUGGGCAAAAUGAAGUGUCAAAAAAAGUAUCAGAGGAAACGAUGGCCUCGAAUGAAGCUGGAUGGUUCCAGGUCACUGAGUUUAUGCAAAAAUUUGGGAAGAAAGCAGAAUGUCAUAGCAUUAAUCUAAAUAACUGCUCCCUGACACAGACUGACUUGAAUGAUCUUGGUGUGCACUUGCCUUUUCUACCUGAUGUUGAAGAAAUUGAUUUAUCUUGGAAUAAUCUGAUUGGUGGAUCAAUAAAACUGCUAACCCCACAUCUCCGUCAAGUAGCCAGGUUAAAAUUAUUGUGCUUAAGCAACUGCAAUCUGACUGAAGAAGAUGCCAGCGCUUUAGGAGAAGCACUUGAGUACAUUCCUCAUUUAGAAGCAUUGGAUCUAUCUUGGAACAGUGACAUAGGAGGCAAUCUUUCUAAAGUCACCCAACACAUCCCAGUCCAGUUUGAGCUAAAGGUGCUGAAUCUAACAGAAUGUGGCCUGGGUGAAACAGAUGGGGAAGCACUAGCCACAGCUAUUGGAAAAAUGCCACACCUGGAAGCACUGGACCUGUCUUUAAAUAAAUACAUUGGCUCCAUAAUGAACAGUCUUGUUGUGGAACUUAAAAGCUGCUCUUCUCUGAGGGUGUUAAACUUACAUGCCACGGGACUACACCAGGACAACAUCCAAUAUCUGAGUGCAAUAUUUCACUACUGGCCGAAUUUAAGAGUUUUGGACCUGUCCAGCAAUAAGGAAGCUGGGGGUGGAUUCCGAGAAGCUGCAGCACGACUCACAGCUUUCAAACACCUUGAGCGGCUGGAUAUUCACCAGUGUUGCCUGUCACAGGAUGAUGUCAAUGCAUUAACCCAGGUCAUACCUUUGCUGUCCAACCUUGAGGUGCUGGAUAUUUCAUCUAACAAAGCAGUCGGAGUGAGUCCUGAAUAUCUGUUCAGCAGACUCAGAUUUUUGCCAAGACUGAAAUCUGUUCUUGUCAACAACUGCAGCUUGAAGGAGGAAUCCUUUGCAGCACUAGCUGAAGCUUCCCAUUACCUAUUGGACCUGAGAGUUCUAGACCUUUCUUGGAAUAAGUGUGUCGGAGGGAAGCUGAAGUUGCUUUUAGAUACCCUUAAAACUGCAACAGCUCUGCAAAGCAUGGUACUGAGUAGCUGCAACCUGGUGACCCAGGAUUUGGCAGUAUUAGCAUCGGCAGCACAAGCAGGACACUUGGACAGUUUGCAGCAGCUGGACAUUGCUUACAAUGACACAGUCGUGGAUGAAGGAUGGAUGCUUUUCUUUGAAAGUGCACAUGCUCUUAAGAACAUUACUGAAUUAGACGUUAGCCUGCGGCCUUCUUCAAACCGAAGCUGUGGGCCCUGGUUCAUUCAUUUAUUGUCCAUCUUGGUGAAACUACCAGGACUCCGAGAGCUUGGAAUGCAGCGCUGGUUGCUGACAGCAGCAGAGAAACAGCAGCUCAGCUACAUUAUGACAGAGAAGAACAUCAGCAUUCUUUUUGACUGAUAGGACAAUUUUCUCUACAGUUCACUGCACUAUAAUCAUAAACAUAAAAGAAAUAGCACAAGAUGGCCUUUGGGUGCUCUUUCACUAUCAAUAUUUUGAGAAACUUGAAUAUGCUAUUAAACAUUGCAUUGAUAUCUGUCUGAUUAAAAAAAACAAUGUAUGUAUUAAAUAACUGCAUAAACUGUAAUCUAAAUCAAAUAGUAAUUCUAGGUGUUACCUUGAAGGUUAGUUUAGUUUCCCAGACUGUAGGAGACACUGAAAUGGCCCAAGCCCUUUACAUACCAUUAGGCCUCGCCACCAUGCCUGGAUCUGAAACAGAAUGGAUGUUAUAAGCCACAUAUCAUCCUCCUCCUGCCUAAAGCAGCCAGACAACCUACCAUACCAUGCUACCAUAGUAUUGAAGGAAUAUUUCUUGCAAUAUGUUAUGUCUACAUACUGUAUGUCUAAGACUAGCUUAGUUUCA